AUAAAGGUAACAAUGCGAGCGCUCGUAUCUAUAAACGUUGAUUGAAUAAAUCGUUCAGUUAAUUACAAUAUUAAAGUCUACUUCUUUGGCAAAGUUUCAGAGGCGGGAGAAAGUACAUAGUCUAGUUAUGCUUAGUGUGUGGCUACAUAAAUAACGAGUUAAACUCAAGUCAAUGUAACUCCGCACCAGGAGGUAAUUCUCUGGAGUCCCAGACAAUAGGCCUAGGCCGGAGUCGACGUCCUGCCCGCUGGUCGUGUCCUUGAUCCUGUACUCUCUAUAAAAGCAGCAUCUUCAUCGGCAUCUCAUUUUGGCCCUUGCCGUCCAACAAUACUCACUUCCCGCCUACAAUAUGCUCGCUACCGUAGUUCUGGUAUUCGCAGCUGUGCUGGCUACACACGCCGCCCCCGCCCCCAAUUCUGUGCUAUAUCCUGUGCUGCCAGCCGCCCCCCACGCCUAUCUCGUCAAGCCGUACGCCGCCGCCGCCCCCGUGCUGCAGCCAGCCUCCUACUCCCACGUCUCUCAUACGCAGUACACCAGCCACCCCGUGCCUGCUGUAGCUGCCGUGCCCGCUGUCUCUGCCGUCCCCGUGGUGCACGCCGCCCCCGCACUCUAUCACACCCCCGUAGUCUACCAUGCUCCCGCCUCCGCCGCACUGGUUGUCUGAUCUGUCUAACUAAUGUACUUCUCGAGGAACCUGAACAAAUAAAUUACUUUAUAGAAAUACAA